CUGCCCAAUGUGCUGUGUCUCGGUGGGGCUUAUGUGUGUGCAGCGCAGGUGAGUUGUCGGGAAAAGGGAAAAGAAAGCAGGGAGGGAAAGCACAGGGACAGCAAGCAGAUCACUUCAGUUCAUCCUCCCGGCAAGGUGCUAGAGACUGGGAUCGGAGGUGCGACAUGCCCACGCCCAUCUUCAACGCUAUUGGUCGGUGACAGGAUGACAGGCCAGCAGGGACGGGGAUUAGAGCAGAAACCUGGGAAAGGUACAAUCUGACGCGCAGAAGCCAAUACCUGCCGCAACCCUCCCUCUCCCGCUGUCCUGAAUCCUUGCGCCCAGUUUAAAGUAUUGACACUAUCCGUGCGCUUGGAGUGGGGACAGAAGAAGAGACUUAUCCCCCCGGGCAUUGGCAACAAGUUCACGACAUAUUGGGAGGAGCGUAAGUUUCCUUGGGAGAACGACCAGGUAUUUUACCUGCUGCCAUCGCAAAGCACCGCUAAUUGCAACCCCCAAACCCGGAGCCUCUUGGUACAGCUUAUUCCCUGACACUGACGUGGAACAGAACUUGAUCUGGGACUGGGAUACGUUUCGCCUGACUGUGCGGCACCUGCUUCAGCCGGGGACAGAAACCUCUACAUCUACUGCCCUAUAAUAAUAAGGAUCCGCAACACUGGGCCGCUCCUUAUAGCAGGUGUCCUGCCCGGCUGGGAUGAGGAUUUCCCUACAUUAGUGAUCUGCCCCAGGGCAGCGCCAUGUUUCUACCCCCAGUUAGGAAGGGCUUCUCCAUCGAAGCUUUGGUGGGUCCAGAUCGAUUUCCCGAGGAACCCCUUAGGCCCACUGCACUCAAGUACCCUGAUCAUGGCCAUGGGCUGACCCCGACCCCUCUGCGGCCUGGGCUCCGCCUCUUGGGGGUCCCAGACCUUCUAUUCCCAGACCCAGUGGCUUCUCCCUAUGGGCCCAGCUUGGGACUCGCUCAGCAUCGCUUACUGCACCGGGACCCUCUCAGUUUCUGCCCCUGGAUACUCCGCCACCGGCUGCCAGGAGACGAGAAUAACCCAGAUAAUUAUUUGCUUCAUGGGCCUUUCUCCCGCAAGCCGAAAAGGAUACGAACUGCCUUCUCACCUUCUCAGCUCCUGUGUCUUGAAGGUGCUUUUGAAAAGAACCAUUAUGUGGUGGGAGCAGAAAGGAAACAACUGGCUAACAGCUUGUUUCUUACAGAAACUCAGGUAAAAGUGUGGUUCCAAAACAGAAGGACAAAGCACAAGCGUCAAAAACUAGAAGAAGAGUGUCCAGACUCUCAGGAAAAGAGGAAAAGCACCCAACAUGUUAGUAGAUGGAGGAUGGCAACAUGUCAGCCAAGUCCUAAGGAUAUUGAUGUCACAUCAGAUGAAUAAAAACAAUGACUUGACGGAAACAGACUGUUAAUGGAUUUUUACAAGACACCUUCCCUGCAGACGUUGCUUAAUUGAAGUCUGUUCUCAAUUUGUAGAAACACAGAUAACACAGUUCAACCCAAACUUUUUGUCUACAAAUUUACAUUAAGGAGUAACACGAACACAAUAUUUUAGACAAAGGACUUAUAAUAAAUAAUUCUUUGACUAGUUUUUUUUUUGUGAUCUGGACUAACAGAACUUUAUUUUGAAUUUAAAGGAACUAUACCGUGCCCACUUUCCCACUCUUGGGCUAUUUUCUAUCACUUCUUCAGCAGGAUAUUUUUAAUAAUAAUAUUUUAAAGGACCAGUAACAUAAAAAAAAAUUCAGAAAGCGAUUGGGCGAUCCAUCGUGCGGCGCUCAAUUUCUCCUCCCUGCCUUCCUUAUAGGAGAUAGCCAGG